AUGGCUAUUCCAAAUCCGUUUCGGCGCACAACGGAGAAUACACGAUAUUGUUGGGGAUAUAGGUUUGAGUGGACUGAUGACCAUUUGACGUCUAGGCAGACUGAGCCUCUCAAAUACUCAUACGACGUCCUGGCAGAGGAGUGCCUCAAUCGUCUGAAUGUACUGUACCCGCCGGAGAGCGCCGCUUUGCCACGCAGCAACAGUCUUGAGACUACAAAGCAGACGAAAGGGGAGAAGUCAGAAGAGCCUGCUAUUCCUCGUAGAGACCUUUAUGCUUUACUGAGAGACCACCAUGAGGAGGACCCAAAACUAAGCGAACUGUGGACCGAAGUCAACAAUGUCCCAGACUGGGUGGACUGGGCUCAGAUCGAACGAGGCCAAGAUGUCUUUUACCGUUACGGUGGUCCUGCACUCACUGGCCUUACAUACCAGAGUUUGCUUGGGGGCAUGGGAGCAGCUAGAGUCGUAGAGACUCUUGCUAGAACUGGUGGUUUCUCACCAAAGGUCGCUCGGGGGCGACUGUUCGAGACGACCCAGCAUAUUCUGCAGUGCACUAGGUCACUCCAGUCAAUGCAGCCUGGGGGCGAAGGCUGGGCGUCUUCUAUUCGCGUUAGAUUGCUGCACUGCGCCGUCCGGCAACGCAUCAUGAAGCUUGCCGACCAACGACCCGAAUACUACAACGUCAAAGAAUGGGGCAUUCCUGUCAAUGAUCUUGAUCAAAUGGCCACUAUCGGUACUUUCAGCGCAACACUGAUCUGGCUGAGCUUUCCCCGUCAGGGAAUCUUCUUAUCACAACAGGAGAUCGUUGACUACAUCGCGUUGUGGCGUUACAUUGGCUACAUUCUCGGAUGCCCUACAGAAUACUUCGAGACACCCGCCAAGGCCAAAGCCAUCAUGGAGACUCUACUUUAUAACGAAGUCAAUCCAUCAGACAUGUCCAAAAUCCUAGCGAAUAACAUCAUCACAAGUCUCGAGAACUCGCCCCCAACAUACGUCUCAGCAGAAAUGCUGAUUGCCAGCGCUCGUUGGCUCAACGGCAAUGCCCUUGCCGACCGACUGGGGCUUCCGCGUGUAUCAAUAUAUUACUGGGGCCUCAUGGCUGGCCAGUGCAUGUUCUUCAUUUUCAUGUGCUAUAUGUACAGAUCGAUUCCGUAUCUCGAUCGAAGGAACGUCAAGAGACUCAAGAAGCUCUUUUACGCGAUCAUUGUGGAGAGUAAGUAUGGUCUUGCGGGCAUUGAGACCGUGUUCGACUUCAAGUAUGUUCCACAGUUCACAACGAUUACGGAAAUGGGAAACUUUGGAGCAAAUGGCCGACAUGUCGGUGCUGAGGCAAGAAAUUUGAGGACUCUUCUCAUCUUCACUGGCCUUUUUGGUGUUGGGACUUACUAUUCCCUCAAGAUUGGAUCUUCUCUUUUAGCAAAGAUUUUCUAGCGUUACUUGUCACACGAACGUUUCGAUACGGUUCGAUGCUAGAGGUUAUCACC